CUUAUAUGUUUGUUUAAGCGUUUCCUAAUGAUAUCUCCAUUAAGGUGCCGGCCUGCGCCAGCAGCUACAGAAGAAACUGAGUCAAACGCUUCUAUAAAAGCAACUCCACAUUUCAAUCUUCUCUUACUCCCAAAGCACUCUUCCUUUUCUCCUUUCUGCUGACUAAAAGGGCUUCUUAAGAGGCAGAAAGGAGUAGAGCGAAAGAGAGAAAACUCCAAUGGCUCUGAAGCUGGCUCUGUUUAUUGCUAUGGCUGUAGUUCCAGCUAUAGUUGGGGCGACUGACUUUCUUGUAGGAGACGAGAAGGGCUGGACUCUUGGAGUGAACUACACUAAAUGGGCUGAGGGGAAGAAGUUCAAAGUUGGGGAUAACCUCGUUUUUAACUACGCACCGGGGAGACACAACGUGCUGGCUGUUGGAGGCGCGGCCUUCAGUUCCUGCAACAAAACGGCAGAAACGCCGCCAUUGACAACAGGAAAGGAUCCGGUAGCUUUAAACAAAGCUGGAAGAAAAUGGUACAUUUGCUCCAUCGGCGACCACUGCAGAGAAGGAAUGAAGCUUUUCAUCAACGUAGAAGAAGCAGAGGCUCCCGCUCCAUCGCCGACCGGAGGGGAUGACUACUCGGCCGCCAAUAUUGCUUCGUUUAGUUAUAAGUAUUUUGUGGGAUUGGCUGCUGUGCUAGGAGUGGUGUUUAUGUCCUGAUGAGUUUGAAGAAUUUGUGUUGUUGGAUUUGUUUUAACUCUUUUCUUUUUUUCUUUUUUUCUUUUUUGGGGGCAUGUGUUUGUUCGUUUUGGUGUGACAUUAUGUGGUGAUGCAAUGUGCUUUUUAUUUAAAUUCUUAAUAAA